AUGGAGGGUAAGCCCUCGGUGCCCAGGCCGUGGCAGAAAGGGGCUCCUGACCAAGGCUGCACCUUCGACCAGCUGGGCCAGGGACGGGCGGAUGCCCGGGGCCCCUGGGCCGACACUUCCUUCCUGCCCUGGAAGCUGACCUCCCGGCCUGGCCAUGGAGUCCAGGUCUCCUCGCCCUGCCGAGAGGCCCCAGUGAACACCUGUACCCUGUGCCAGGCCGUGGAGCUGGUGCCCAAGGCCUCCGGACUGUUGACUUGCCCCCGGGACCUGGGCGUCAUCUUCUACUCCCCGAGGCCUUGCUCCCUGGGUGUCACCUGGCCCCAGUGCCACGGGGACCACCACCACGGUGCCCGUGCCCUUGCCUGUGGGGCCCUGGUCCCCGGGAAGCUGGAGGAGAUGCUCAAGCGUGAAUCCUGGAAGCCCAAAUCCCUCCCCGACCCCACCAACCACGGCCUUCCGGUCCAGUGCUCCAGGAGCACGGAGAGAGACAGCGGUGCCCGUGCCAGUUCCGGGGGAGCCGGGGAAGGGGCAGUGAUGGAGGGCCCCGGAGGGCAGCACUCUGGGGACACCUCAACCCUCCUGCCUUUUCUGAACCAAAGGGCCCAGAGCCCGGCCUCCCACCCAUCCCUGCACCUCCACCUUCACACCCUAUGCCCCUCGUGCCCAUUCUACAUGCCCGCGAGCCCCCUGCCACUCCUCUAUGCCCGCUGCCCCUGCCUCUUCCUGUCCUCUCCCACCUCCCCUCUCCCCCCGGGGGGUGGGGCCGUGUACGGGCCCAUGGGGACCCCGGCAGAGUGCCCAGCUCUGGACCCCGGGGUCUUCCUGGCAGUCCCCUACCCGUUGUCCCCUGGGUCCUGGUGGGAUGAUGAUGGUCCUGGUGGGAUGAUGACGGCUCCAGCUGUGGCCCAGUCCCGCUCGCCACCCUCGGGCCUGCCCCCAUGGCCACCUGGGUCCCGAGCGGGCCGCGUCCCCCGGACCAGCCUGCUGGGCCUUCACCAGGGCACCUCACCCCUCCCUUACCCACUCAAAAAGCAGAACGGCAAAAUCCUGUAUGAAUGUAACAUGUGUGACAAGACCUUCGGCCAACUGUCCAACCUCAAGGUCCACCUGCGUGUGCACAGUGGGGAACGUCCAUUCCAGUGCCAACUGUGUGCCAAGAGUUUCACGCAGCUGGCCCACCUCCAGAAACAUCAACUGGUCCACUCCGGACAGCGGCCCCACGAGUGUCCGGUGUGCCACACAUGUUUCGGCAGUGCCAGGAACCUCAAGAACCACCUGCGCUUCCACUCUGGGGAGAGGCUCUUCAGGUGCCACCUGUGCCACGCCCGCUUCGCCCAGCUCGUCCACCUCAAGCUUCACAGCCAGCUGCACGAGGCCCAGCGCCUCCCCCACUGCUGUGCCCUCCUCACCUCCAGGCAUCCCUCCCGCUGCUGCACCCGGGCCUCGAGCCCACUGGUCUGUCAGGUGCCACGGGAGCUGGAGGCUAAGCUGCCCACUCCGGACAGGGCUUCCAGCCCGGCCUGGCCCUAUGGAUCCUGGGGGCAGCAGGGUUGA